AUGACACACAGAACAGACCUUGAGCAUAAAGCGUUGUGCAACAGUUGGCCUGUUCCAGUUGAUAAAGUCAAGAAUGAAGCCAAAUUAUUGGCACAAACAACAAUCAUAAGAAUUGAGAAACAUACUGAUCAGUUUAAAGUAUCGCCAAAUGUGGUUUUCAGUGGACUAGAACUAAUCCCAGAUUCCUCCAGUGAUAAAGCCCUGGACAGUUUAGGAUCCGUGGAAGAAAAUUUGGGAAUAUUUCAGGAAAUUCUGUCCAGCCUACCAGUAGAUAACGUGGACCAAAUCCUAGCAGACAUCAUCAAUCUUCAGACAAUCAUUCGGUCGCUGGCAGUAUCAAUUAGCUGCACACCACUCAAAUCAAGGAACACUGACCAUCUGGAGAAUUUCCUAAAAAAUAAUUCAACCUUCCGGUUCACAAUAGGAAAUGUAGCCUUGGACAGGCUUCAGAAAUAUCUGCUCAAAUUGAUAAGAAACUUGGAUCAACUAAAGAAAUGCUGAGCAACCCAUACGAUA